CAUGUUUACAGGUCCCGUCCCCUCACAGUCUGUCAGUCAGUGUGUGUGAAGCGGUGCGGUGAUCAGGACUUCACUGGAGAUACACACUUUGACAUCGCAUUCGAUUGCAGGAGCUUGAACAGCGCGGAGCGGGGUUCCGAAAGCAGUCAAGGGAUCGCCGUUUCAUUUUCUUAACUGUAUUAUAAUUCUAAUACAGUAUCGUUAAAAAAAAAAAAAAAUGUUGAGCACUAGAGAACGAUGGAAGAUCUGCAAAAGUGUGUGCAUGAUGUCUUUCAUUAUCGUGGUGACUCUGACCAUUCUAAAUUCUGCUGGUGGUGGCACCACCACCAGCAGAGACCGUCUUCUAGUGCAGCUUUCACAGGGAGAGCUCAAAACCCAGAAGCGAAAUGCCCUCCCCGCGGGACACAACUUCUGGAAACAAAAGAAACACGAGGCUACCACCGAGGAAGCCACAGUGACCGACGACAGACCCCAGAGCCGGACCUGGGAUGUGACCACCACCAACUGCACUGCCAACUUGAACUUCACCCACAUGGAGUGGUUCGGUGGCCUGGAGUCUAACUUUCAGCAGUUCCUGCUCUACAGACACUGCAGGUAUUUCCCCAUGGUCAUCAACCACCCUGAGAAAUGCAGUGGAAACGUCUACCUCUUGAUUGUCAUCAAGUCCAUCAUAACGCAGCAUGACCGCAGGGAGGUCAUCAGGAAGACCUGGGGCAAGGAGAGGGAGGUCAACGGCAAUAAGGUCAAGACCUUGUUCCUCCUGGGGGCUGCCUCCAAGGAGGGCGAGCAAGCCAAUCACCAGAAGCUCCUGGAGUAUGAAGACUACAUCUACGGCGACAUCCUGCAGUGGGACUUCAUGGAUAGCUUCUUCAACCUCACUCUGAAAGAGGUCCACUUCUUGAAGUGGUUUUCCACCUACUGCGAAAACGUGCAGUACAUAUUCAAAGGCGAUGAUGACGUUUUCGUCAACACAGAGAACAUCAUGGAGUUUCUGGAUGGUAGCAAGGUUACAAAUCUGUUCGUUGGGGACGUGCUCUACAGGGCAAAACCCAUUAGAAAGAAGGAGAAUAAAUAUUACAUCCCCCAUGCCCUGUAUAAUAAAACGCACUACCCACCCUAUGCUGGGGGAGGGGGGUUCCUGAUGGACGGACACGUGGCUAGAAAAUUAUACGGAGCUUCGGAAACCUUGGACCUCUAUCCCAUUGAUGACGUCUUCCUUGGAAUGUGCCUGGAAGUUCUCCAUGUGACUCCCGUCAAGCACGACGGCUUCAAAACCUUUGGGAUUGUGAAGAACAAGAACAGCAAAAUGAACAGAGAACCUUGCUUUUUCAAAAGCUUAAUAGUGAUCCACAAGCUGCUCCCUCCGGAACUCAUGCACAUGUGGAGUCUGGUCAAGAGAAACCUUGUUUGUUCACGGAAAAUAGGUUUUAUAGCCGUCUGAACGCUUUACCUGUACCAGGAGCCUAGGGGAAUGACUGCACUGUGAAAAACUCUUUAUAUUUGAGCCGACUCAAAGAGAAGUACUCCGUCUACGGAGAACAUGUGGACAUUUGAAUUAUUUAAUGUAUGUACUGUACUGUCAGGGUUACAUCCCUGUGUGGGCCAGCUUUGUUUUUGUUUUUUUUAUCAGUCAUUAUUUUAUGUAGGUGAGAGAAUCUGGGUAGGCAUGAAUAGACCAAAUAGCCAAAUGCACAUCCCGUAAUGGUCCAUACCGACAGGUAUGCAGUAACGAAUGCAGUUUACUACCCAAGGGAAGGUCAUGAGCUAAAAAGGGGAAAAAAACUUUGUACCCAACCAAAAAUAAAUAGAGAAUGUUCCCUUACUGAAACGUCUGGAAGGCUGGUAUCUCUGGAUCUAUACAAUAGAAAGGAAUCCCCCCUCCCACUAUGCUGCAGAGUGUUUGUCCAGGAAAGCUUGUAACUUUUUCUUUUUUUUUUUUAUAGAUUUAAGAUAGGGGUGCUCCCAAAGCAUGUGCAGAUCUUCUCAAAGGGAGCAGUUUGAAGUAAAUUGUCUCUACCUCACAAGGCGUCAUUCGUAUGGUCUCAGCAAUGAAACGUGUCCCUGCUUAUCAGAACCAACACGCUAGAAGUAAAAUAGCUUUUAUGAGAAGUGUCCUUAAGGAAAUCAGUGACAUGUAUAAAAUAAUAAUAAUAAUAAUAAUUGAACAAAAAAGGGUAAUAUAUAGAUAAGAAUAUAUAAUAUACAAAGAAAGGCUGGUACCGGUAUGUAAGUUAUUGCCAGGCCUUGCUUUUCGUCUUCACAUUUCCAGCUGAUAUACAAGGAAGUUUAAAGUCAAAUUCUUCGCUGUCUAUGCGAAUGUGAAUAAAGAAUGAAAAUGUAAUGGAAUGCUGUUAAGGACUUUGUUAUAAACCUGUACAAAUGCAAAUGUUUCAGCAGUAAUAUAAUGUUUUUUGUAAAUAAAUACCUUUAAAAAGAAA